AUGUCAACUGGAGCAUCUGAUUACACCAAUUACUUACACGGAGGUCUUUUGCAUAACAGAUACCUCAGAGUAAAAGGCCUAAAUGAAGGUUCCUUUGGAAUUGUCUCAAUUGCAAAAGACACCAAAAACAAUGAUAAGCUAGUUGCAGUAAAAUACAAUACAGGUAUAUUAAGUGAUUUCCAAGCAUAUCAAGAGAAAACGAAAAAAGGUGAAACUAAGAAAGAUAACCUUGAUAUUAGAUCGAUUAGCCUAGAUUCCAAGACAACAUCUCUUUUGAAACCAAAUCAAACUUAUUCUCACACUGAGAAUUCAGAUAAGGAUAUAAGUAAGUCCAUUGUCUUGAGGGAGACAAAACAAGAAAUUUUGAUGUUGAAGAAAGUUGAUUCACAUCCAAAUAUCACCACCUUGAUUGAUUAUUUCGAUACGUUUAUGGUCAUGGAAUAUGCACCAAGAGGUGAUUUACAUGAUGCAAUCCAAUUGGGUAUAGCACCGGUUGCAACUAGGGAUGUUAUUGAUGUUUUUAUGCAGUUAAUUAGCGCAGUUGAGUAUUGUCAUAAAAACGGCGUGUACCAUCGGGACAUAAAGCCCGAAAACAUCCUAAUUGCGGAAGACUGGUCCAUCAAAUUGACGGACUUUGGUUUGGCUACUGACCUUUUGAUAUGUGAUGAUUUUGAUGUGGGCAGUGAAAGAUAUAUGGCACCGGAGUUACUGGAGCAUUCUGACAUUGAGACUUAUGCUGCUGACAAAGUCGAUAUAUGGUCACUUGGUAUUGUUUUGUUGAACAUUGUGUUUGGUAAAUCUCCAUUUAAAUCAGCAAGCUCAAAAGACAAGAUGUUUUUAUACUUUGCUGCCAACAGGGAGACACUAUUUGAUAUUUUUCCAUUCAUGAGUUAUGAUUUAUUUUCAGUUAUGAUCAAUUCGUUGGCUUUAGAUCCAGCAAAUAGAGAUUUAGAGAUGAUAAAAAGGUCUCUACUAAGCGUUGAUGUGUUAACUUAUGAUAAUGAAUUCGUGGAGGAAGCCGAGGACUUAAAGGGGAUACCUCUUGUUGAGGAACCAAGUGAAGCCGAUCAAGCUGCUGAGGAUUUUGCUGCUACCCAAACUUAUGACGAAGUUUCAUCUUUUGAUAGUAAAGAUACUGGUGUUAACGGAAAAUUAAACACUCAUGAUAUUUCAAGUGGAGACAAACAAAAAGCUGCGCUUUCUAAGGUAGAGUCCACUUCAACUCAAGCAUCAUCUCAGUCAUCAUCCUCUUCACAUUCUUCCAAUUCUUCUCAUAUUGAAUCCACAAAGUGUAGUGUGUCCCCAAACCCUACAAUUAUAAUUAAAAGCGAUUCAGAAACUAUGCAGUCGAUUGACGAUCUGGUAGAAUCAGAGAAGGACACAACUGAAGAUUUCCCAAAAAUUAAACCAAUCUCAAUCAACAAGAAAUAUGAACCUCCACACAAACUUUUAUCUUCCACUUCUUUGAGUAAGUACAUGCAAGAAAUCAAAAAGUGUACUAGGCAAUCCAACAAUAAGAAUAGGGAAUACAGACAUAAAAGGUUUAAUGGUGGUAACCGUAAACCAUUAAGAGUGGCCGGACAAAGCAAUGGAAUUAAGUUACAGGAUACUAGCAGGGCUUACAUUUAUGAAAAUUUUAAAGAUGAUUCACUUGAUUUCAAUAGAAAAGAUUUUUUUACUCCAAGAUCUGCUUUUACCUCUUAUAUGGAGAAGGCCAAUAAGGGUAAACUGCAAUGGCAGCAGAAGGGCCAUCACUAUAGAUCUUCAUAUUUACAGAAUGGAAAUCACAACAAAAAUUCUCGCUACAACUACAAUAACUACAACUAUUAUAAUGGUAAUAAUAACCAUGGUCAUAAUAGAAGAGCAUGGAAGAAAAGGAAGAGAAGAGAGAGCCAUUUAAACACAGCGAACAAUUAUAUCGGAAACUUCAAAAACUAUAGAGGAAGUUUCCAUAAGGCUAACAAUUAUCAUUCAAAAAAUAGUAGAAAGGAGUGGUAUGAUAGACAUGAAGGCUCAAAUUCUAAUAAGCAAGGCCGCAGAUAUUCAUCAACUUUAACUGAUUUGGUCCGUCUAAGUAGUUCGAUGAGAUCGUCUAUAGAUGGGAAGUAUGUUCCUCCCAAUAUGCGUUUAACUCAGGAACAGCUGACUGGUUCUGCAAUAUUUUCUGAUGAUGAGGAAGACGAAGAAGAAGACGACUAUCUAACUGAUAACAUCAAAUACGACGGGAAGAGAAACAACGAUAGCCCGGACGCUAUCAACAGCAAUGACUCAGAUGAAGAUGAUUUCACUUUUGAGUUUGAGCAAGCAGAAACAUACAGCAAAAACCGUGGCCAACCAACAAGUGAACCUACGUUGAAAAGUGACCUUUAUAAUCAGGUUCAGUCCACCGCUAUGAAUUUACUGAAUAAACAGUUUUCAGAAUAUAGAAUAUUUGAUGAUAAACAUUCACCCUUAUCUAGAGAUGGUUCUAAUGCUACUACCGUUUCCUAUAACCAAUCAAGUGCUGGUUCAAACAUUAAUGAUACCAUUACGAAAGGCUAUAGGAAAUAUGUUCCUCCUCAUCAAAGAAGAAGUUCCCAUUCAGGUACUGACUCAAUUGAGCAUAAGGUGAAAUUUAAUUUGGGCACAAACAACUUCAUGGAUAAGUUGAACAAUAACUUCAGCGGCUCUGUUUCCUCUUCUGCUCCGACCAAAUCAAGUUCCUUUUUUAUGCACAACUAUCAACAACCGGCACCGCCAGAUUCUUCGUCGUUGCAGAAAAUGUUUGAGCCUCAUGAGUUGUUGUUGGAUGAGGGUGCAGGUCACAAGGAUAAAGAUGAACAGUUGGAUGAUUUGUUUGAGAUUGAAGAAAGGUAA